CAAAAUGGGCAAUUGCAGCACCUCUUCUUCGACCCUGGUGGCCACCGCCAAACUCGUCCUGCACGACGGCAGGCUCCAGGAGUUCUCCUAUCCCGUUAAGGCUUCCUACGUCUUGCAGAAGUAUCCCAUGUGUUUCAUUUGUAACUCCGACGACAUGGACUUCGACGACGUCGUCACGCCCAUCGACGAGGACGAAGAGCUGCAACUCGGCCAGCUCUAUUUUGUUUUGCCUCUGACCCGCUUAGAGCAUCGGUUGCGGGCCGAGGAGAUGGCCGCAUUGGCCGUCAAAGCCAGCUCGGCCCUCGCAAAAAGCAGUGGGGGUGGGAAAUACGUCUGUGACCGGAAACAGGUCAUGUUUUCCGGCGGAGAGACGAAAAGAUCUCAUAAAAGAGUGUCUCCGGGAGUUAAUAACAGCGAUAGGUCCAGGAGAGGGAGGAGUAGAGGAAAAUUUACGGCCAUAUUGAGUGCAAUACCAGAGUAGUGGUAAUUUUCGGUCUAAAAUGUGGUUCGGUGAUUUUUUGUUGUCGUUGUAUAUACAUUUAAUCUUUCCCCAGGGAAUUCUUAAUUCUUGAACGUGACCAAGAGCUGGAUGUUCCACGGAAACAAGUUAAUAUGAUUAGAUUUGAGUAGUGGGCAAAAUUUGACCCAGUCA